UGUGGUUUGUCUUUUUGUUUGUUUUCUCAAAUUGUGGUGCUUCAGGUGCUAUGCUGUUCAUUGUCCCAGAGUUCCAGCUGGAAACGCAUCCACAGCUUCAAGGCUCUAUUGUGGCCCUCACGCUGAUCGGGGGCCUGCUUCUCACCUCCGUUUCUGGUCCUUUGUCUGAUUGGCUGGGGAGACGGCCACUUUUGUUCAUUGGAGCUGCCUUGUACUUAUUGGGGAUUGUAAUCACAACAGAAGCACCGGAUCCCUACUUCCUUAUCGCUGGGCGAGUAUGUAUCGGCGCAGGGGUGGGAGUCAUGACCACUGUUGUUCCGUUAUACAUCGCGGAAUGCGCUCCUCCGGACGCACGAGGAGUCCUCGCAACCUUUCCGCAGCUCAUGUGCAGUGCUGGUCUGUUUUUCUCGUUCUUUACCGCCUUCCUUUGGAGCACCUCCACCAAUCCAAACUGGCGGUUCGUUCUCUCGUUGUCGUACAUUCCUGUGGCUAUCUAUAUUCUUCUACUUGCUUUCCUUGUGCCGGAAUCGCCAAAGUGGUUAGCGAGCAAAGGAAAAAUGCUGCAGACGAGGAACGUGCUCAAGUACUUGAGGCAGACGGAUGACGUCGCAGAUGAGUUGACCCUUGCGGUCGAAGGGCUUGCCACGCCGAAUCCGACCGCAACCGUGGAGGAAUGGCUUCUUGCGCCCGCCGACCUUGACGAUGAGGACCUGGACGACGACGAGGACCAGGACGGUGCAGGGGGGGAAGGGGAUGGAGUGCGCUUCAUCGAUGUCCCAGAUUCGGAGUUCUAUGCGUAUCCAUUGCCUCCGCAGGGCCCUGAUGAUGGCGGUGAGGAGGGUGGCGGGGAUGUAGAGACGGGUGAUGCAGCUGCUGGUCCACAGCCGUUCUCCUCCCCGGCUCACGACGAUCAGAUUCUGUUUCCGUUGUUGGGAAAAUCAACUAGCCGCACCAGCUUGUCCGGAUUGACAGGAGUCGGAUCAUCAUCGCCUCUUCCUCCUCUUCCUCCUCUUCCUAUUAUCGACCACAUUCGCACAUCGCGAUUGGCGCCGUCAUCGGUUCGCGAUGCCGGCGAUGACCUGACGACACCUCUGCUUGGUAGUCCUGGUGGAGCUCUUCUGAGUGCCAGGCGAUUCAGCGUGGCGUCAUCUCGGCCGUCCACACCUGGAUCGCCGUUUGUGCAGGGAAAGCAAAUUGGCGGAGGAUGGAGAAUGGCGUGGAACUUGGAAGAGCCGGGAGUCUAUCGCUCGCCGAGUACAAGAUCUCUCGCUGGGACUACUAAUCUGGCACCACAACAGGCUGAUCACUCAAGCGUCAAGCAAGAUACAGCGGUGCCCGAUCAGGAAACUAUGCCGCGGCUGACACGUGUCUUCUUACUUCCGGAAUCGGCUAUGGGCCUGGAACGGGCCAGCUCGAUGGUCGGGACACCGCGCAAGGCUGUCGGGUUUGACAUUGGCGACGAUGUGGACGACGCCACAUCAACGGCCUGGACAGGAACUCCACGGAGAGGUGAUUUUGUGAGAGCUUCUGUACUCGUUAGCGAAUCGCCGGCGUUGACGGGUCGAGUGGUUCUGGGUGGUGAGGAAAUUCCUUUAGUCGGACCCGCGAUGCCGCACCCGUCGAUGAUGGAAUCAGGAUCGGCAAUGAAGGAUUUGGUGGAGCCCGGCGUACUUCAGGCUCUCAUGGUGGGAAUGGGUCUACAGUUUUUCCAGCAGGCGACAGGAAUCAAUGCAGUUUUCUAUUUCACUCCCAUUAUCAUCGCCGAUUCCGGCGCAGAUUUCCUUCAGAAGACCGGGUUAUCGAGCGCCUCUGCGGCGAUUCUCGCAUCGGCCUUAUGCUGCGUGCUUCUCCUCCCGGCUGUUGGCACUGCCGCAGCGUUAAUGGACAAAGCAGGUCGGCGACUACUGCUUCUUGGCACUUUGCCAGUUGUCAUUUCAGCUCUCGUCGGCCUGUCGUUUGCGUCAUUGCUGGAACCGGGACCACCCAGGUUCUUGAUUACAAUCACCUGCUGCAUCCUCCAAACGAGCGCGUAUAUGAUGGGUAUCGGGCCGAUCGCGAUUAUUAUGUGCAGCGAGAUCUUCCCCACGCGCGUUCGCGGAAUCGCUAUUGGGCUCUGCACAUUGGUCCAAUGGCUUGUCAACGCUUCCGUGUGCCAAUCGUUCCCCGCUCUUCGGAUAAUGGUCGGCCUCCCUGCCCUGUUUGCCGGGUACGCAGUGAUUACAAUUGUGGGUUGGGUAUUCAUCUACACUAAGGUGCCGGAGACCAAAGGCUUGCCCUUGGAGAUCAUCUGCGAGUUCUUCGCAAUUGCGGCAAGAGGUUCCCAAGUGGAAGAUUCUACGACAAGAGACGGCCAAGUUUACUGACGUUGCUGCCACCUCUGACAGCUAUUGAAAAACAAUUGGUGAACGUGUCGGCGAAUCGCGUUCCAAAAUGCU